GGAGCUGAGGAUGGAGACCAGGGAGGACAAAUUCCUGGGGCAGGACCUCCUGGAAGAGGCCGUUUUGAGCAGCUCCACAGCGCAGGAAUCCAAUGGGGAGGAAAAGCCCCAGAGAUCCCACAGGAGGGGCUCCAAACCCAUCCCAGGGUGCUCUGAGGAGGAAAGACCCACCCUGUGCAGGGAAGGUGACCAGAGAUCAAGCCAGGGCUCUGAGCUGGUGGUCCAUGAGCAGCUUCAGGAUGGGGAGAAGCGCUACAAGUGCUUGGAGUGUGGGAAGAGCUUCAGCCACAGCAACAGCCUGAUCUGCCAUCAGAUGAUUCACACUGGGGAAUGGCCCUACAAGUGUGGGAAAUGUGGGAAGGGCUUCAGCUGCAACUCCCAACUCGUCAUCCAUCAGCACAUCCACACUGGGGAGAGGCCCUACGAGUGUCCCGAGUGUGGAAAGAGUUUUCGGAGGAGCUCAGAUCUCCUCGUGCACCAGCGGAUUCACACAGAGGAGAGGCCCUUCCGCUGCCCUGACUGUGGGGAGGGCUUCAAGUACAACUCCAACCUCAUCAACCACCGGCGCAUCCACACUGGGGAGAGGCCCUUUGAGUGUGGGGAAUGUGGGAAGAGCUUCCGCCAGAGCUCCAGCCUCAUUACCCACAAACGCAUCCACACUGGGGAACGGCCCUAUGAGUGUGGGGAAUGUGGGAUGACCUUCAGGUGUAGGUCCCAACUGAUCAUCCACCAGAUGAUCCACACUGGGGAGAGGCCCUACGAGUGUCCCGAGUGUGGGAAGAGGUUUCAGACCAGCUCCAGUCUCCUCCAGCACCAGCGGAUUCACACGGAUGAGAGGCCCUUCCGCUGCCCUGAGUGCGGGAAGGGCUUCAAGAUGAGCUCCCACCUCUUCAGGCACCGGCGCAUCCACACUGGGGAGAGGCCCUAUGAGUGUCCCCAGUGUGGGAAGAGCUUCUCCAGGAGCUCUCACUUGACCAGACACCAACAGAGGCACCACUAAGGGAAGCCCUGCGAGUGCCCCAAGUGCAGGAAGAGCUUCAUGUGCUGCUCCAGCUCCAUCCCCCAUCAGAGGCCCCACGCUGGGCAGAGCCCUGAUGACCCACGUUUCCCGUGACCUGCAUUGGGAAGACAGUGAGCUGGUGGUGAUUUUUUUUGGCUCUAAUAUUCUUUUGAUUCAUCUUCAUCCCUUUAAAAUUUACAAAAUUGGAGUAACAACCAACAGAUUCAUCAAAGGCAUCUAAAAUCUCACUUUUUACUAGUGCUUCAAGGGAAUCUGGGAUUGAGGGAGGUACAUGGGAGGGUUUUGGGGGUUAUUUGGUGUAUUUGUCUCCAUCUUUUAGCACUCAAGGAGAUGAGAGGGUUUGAUCUGUCACCUCAAAACCACUCAAUGCCACCGAAAAGUACUUAUUCUCACCCACAAUUACUGGAUUCCACAGGUUCUCAGGGUGUAAUGCCUUAAGCUUUAGCUUUCAUAUUUUUCAUAUUCUGCGCUGCCUAGGUUUGUAGUUUUGAACUUCAUAUUAAGUGUUGGUGAGCUCUCUUCACAGAGGAGGUAGACAAAACAAUUCAUUUUCUAGCUUGAUACUAAGGGCACUUGUUACAAGU